GCUCUCUGCGUGCUCAUGGUAACACGGCUUCUCAGAUUUUUACCCACUUCAAAUAUGGCCGCCAAGCUCCGUUCUCUUUUACCACCUGAUCUACGGCAACAACUCUGGCUUCAUGCCCGCUUCCAAAAGUGCUUCCUCUCGCGGGAUUGUGGUUCUUAGUGCGCAGGCGCAAAAGUAAGUCCUCUUCCGGACAAAAUGGCGAUGGGACUGAUGUGCGGACGCCGGGAGGUUCUGCGCCUGCUACAGUCCGGGCGUCGGGUCCACAGCGUCGCAGGGCCCUCGCAAUGGCUCGGGAAACCGCUGACCGCACGGCUCCUAUUCCCAGCAGCCCGGUGCUGCUGUCGCCCACACUACCUCUUCCUUGCGGCUUCCGGCCCCCGCAGCCUCAGUACCUCUGCCAUCUCGUUUGCAGAAGUCCAGGUUCAGGCCCCUCCUGUUGUUCCUGCAACUCCCUCACCCGCAGCGGUACCUGAGGUGGCUUCUGGAGAGACUGCAGAUGUAGUCCAAGCUGCUGCAGAGCAGAGCUUCGCUGAACUGGGGCUGGGGUCACACACCCCAGUGGGACUGAUCCAGAAUUUACUGGAAUUUAUGCAUGUUGACCUGGGCCUACCUUGGUGGGGGGCCAUUGCUGCAUGUACAGUCUUUGCCCGCUGCCUCAUUUUUCCUCUCAUCGUGAUGGGCCAGCGAGAGGCAGCCAAGAUCCACAAUCACUUGCCAGAGAUCCAGAAGUUUUCCAGUCGAGUCAGAGAGGCCAAGUUGGCGGGAGACGAUACUGAGUUUUACAAGGCUUCCUCGGAGAUGGCAUUUUACCAGAAAAAACAUGGUAUUAAACUCUUUAAACCUCUCAUUCUUCCUCUGACUCAGGCCCCAAUCUUCCUCUCCUUCUUCAUUGCUUUGAGAGAGAUGGCCAACCUUCCUGUGGCCAGCCUGCAGACAGGUGGCCUCUGGUGGUUCCAGGAUCUCACGGUAUCCGAUCCCACCUACGUGUUACCACUGGUAGUCACUGCUACAAUGUGGGCUGUCCUUGAGCUAGGUGCUGAGACAGGUGUGCAAAGUUCUGACCUUCAGUGGAUGAGAAAUGUGAUCAGAGUGAUGCCCCUGAUAGCCUUGCCCGUAACCAUGCAUUUCCCCACGGCAGUGUUUAUGUACUGGCUCUCCUCCAAUUUGUUUUCCCUGGGCCAAGUAUCUUGUCUCCGGAUUCCAGCAGUACGCACUGUACUUAAAAUCCCCCAGCGUGUUGUACAUGACCCUGACAAAUUACCUCCACGGGAAGGCUUCCUAGAGAGCUUCAAAAAAGGCUGGAAAAAUGCUGAAAUGGCGCGUCAGCUGCGAGAGCGUGAACAACGCAUGCAGAAUCACUUGGAGCUAGCAGCCAGGGGUCCCUUACGACAGACCUUUACCCACAACCCUCUCCUACAACCUGGAAAUAAUAACCCUCCCAAUAUCCCUAGCAGCAGCAGCAGCAGCAGCAAACCAAAGUCAAAGUAUCCCUGGCGCGACACGCUUGGCUGACUUACGUUCCAUGCGCAUUCUGGCAGGAACUCUGUCUCAUCAAAGACUCAUCCUCAAAACAAGACUUGACACUGUGUCCUUGCCCCAGUCCUAGGAACUGUGGCACACAGAGAUGUUCAUUUUAAAAACAAUUUCACGAAACACUCUUAUACUCAUGUUUAUAAGAGAGCACUGGGUAGCCAAGUGAUCUUCCCAUUCACAGAGUUAGUAAACCUCUGUACUACA